UUACACUCAGUCUCUUGGUCUUUUCAUCCCGCACUGAUAUGGCAUAGGAUACAGAACACCGUUGCAAUGUCGGUUCCGCAAAUACCAGGCAUCAAGGCGGAGGGUGAACUCGCCCAGUCGUUUCGCCAUGAGGUUGCGCAACUGAUGGGCAGAACAAACACCAAUUUCCCGGGCGCGCAGCCUGUCAGUUUUGCCCGCCACCAUAUCAACGAGCUUUGCAAUCAGGACUAUUUCCUUUGCGAGAAGACGGACGGCAUUCGCUGCCUGCUGUAUAUUACAAAUGGAGACGCUGGGGAAGAGAUUGUGUACUUGAUUGACCGCAAGAACGACUAUUAUUUCAUUCCAAAUGGAGGUCUGCACUUCCCAAAGCACAAUGACCCGACCUUCAACUCCUUCCAUUCUGGAACGCUCCUUGAUGGCGAGCUUGUGAACGAUACUAUGCCUGAUGGUUCCAAGAAGCUCCGCUACCUCGUGUUCGACUGCGUUGUUUUGGACAAUGAGCCUCUGAUGAACAGGCCUUUGGAUAAAAGAAUCGGCCGCUACUUCGAGUUUGUUGACAAACCACUCAAACAGUUCUAUGCUCGCCACCCAAAAGAUGCCGAGCAGUUCGUAUUUGAAGUCCGCUUCAAGGCCAUGGAUAAGCCAUAUGCCCUGGAGGAGAUGUUCAAUCAUAAGCUGCCAAACCUGCCUCACGGCAACGACGGCUUGGUUUUCACAUGUAAGAGCACAACCUACGUGUCUGGCACAGAUGAGCAUAUCCUCAAGUGGAAACCUGCGCACGAAAACAGUAUCGACUUCAAAUUGGCUCUUGGCCAGUUUCCAGUCGUUACUUACGAUGACGGGACCACGGCGGAGGACUGGGAUGCGAAGCCUACUUUCGACCUGCUUGUAUACCACGGUUCUAAUGAUUACGAAACUUUUGCCUCUCUCUACAUCACAGAUGCUGAUUGGGAAGCUAUGAAGGCUUUAAACGAGCAGCUAGAUGGUCGUAUUAUAGAAUGCUACCGCGACUCUCAGGGUCGGUGGCGGUUCAAGGCAGAGGAGAAUGGUGCGCCUCGCUUUAGAGAUGACAAGCCCACCGCGAACCAUAUAAGCACAGUGAGGAAGGUACUGGAAAGUAUUGAAGAUGGUGUCACUCAGGAAGAACUUAUAGCAGCUGCACCGGGCAUUAUGAGAGCUUGGAAAAAGAGACAUCCAGAGGAGAAUCAGAAUCCUCAUCCACACGGAACACCUGUGCAGGAGCGACCACAGCCUCCAACUUGGAGAAGGUCGGAGUCAAUGUCUGGAGUGCCGCCACAGGGUCUGAAUGGAAGGAUGAACGGACAUUGAUGUAUUCUUUGCUGUGACGCACCUCGCAAGCUUAGCUCUGCACGGGGCUCAAAAGCUCUUUCCAUCUUUCCUCUGGCUAACAAGCCUUUAACUUGUGAAGGUUAACGGGUGGCGUUUUGAGAGGAGAAUAAUGGCCGCCAAGUUCGCCAGGUAGUUUUGUGAUACCCAAUUGUCCUAAAGUUAAAGUAAAAAUCGGCCCGCUCUGGCUCACUUUUCAUGUACAGAAGCAUUUGAUGAGUUUCGGUCAGUGUUGAGAUCUUACAAUCUUCGCUUAUAUUGAACCACCAGGGAUUAGAUUUCAAAAUGCACGAUUGUUAGACGGAGGGCUUGGAGAUUGUAGAACACGCGCACGGUAUGAAAUACGGAAUCGGGUAUGAAAGUACAUUAAUGAACAGCUGAAUUAGCAUCAACAGUCAACUUCAGACUUGCUCUUACGACUUUACGUGUCCGCUUUGACGGCCAGUCUAAGAAGCAAGGCUGGAGUUUCAUGCGCAGCACCGAACCGCGUCACAAAACUGCGCGUCCGAUGC